AUGAAGCGGGUUCUUGGUGUGUUCGGGGUCCUAGCAGCAUUCCUUUUUGUCGCAGUGUCCUUGCUGGACCCUGUACAGCCAAGACGGCUUUUGUCUUUGUCAGUUUCUUGGAGCAGCGUAGAUGUCGAUUGGGCACACGCUGGACAGCCAAAUGAGGACUUUGAUAGGUGGAUGUCAAAUGCUGGACUGGAGGGGGGUGACGCGGCCAAGUUGACUGAACGCUUGGUUCUACGACUUUUGGCCUUUGCCGUAGAUGUGCUCCCCGAGUUCGUGACCGAACUCUACGCGGAUGACUUGGCGGAGGUUACGGCCAUAGACCUUAAGGCGAAGCGAGAGCUCACACUGACAGAGAAGCUCAUCAAAGAUGAGCUGGCCUUUCAAGCGGAGCAUGGAGAAAAGAUGAAUUCCACUGACUACCCCUACUUUGCAUUUGCACCGAAAUAUAUUGACCGCAUCCUUCCUGGUGGUUCUUUGAACUUCUCCUCACGUUGCUGGAAAGAGGUGUUUGCUUCAGUGGAGAAGUUGGACAAAGAAUGGAAGCUAGUGGUGAAGGUGUCCAAAGCGCAACGUUUGAUUUGCAGCGAACUCUUUGGACUGUUCACUGCCUCACACUUCCGAGUGGGAUCCUUUGCAGCGCCCAUAGGAGGGCAGAAGACCUUCACCUUUGAAAUGGGGUUGACAGAAGCUCAAACCUGGGACGUUGACAAUUUGGGCGUGCGAAUCUUUCUUUUCCAUGAGAGUGGGCUGGCCACGAUGCGGAGCCUUCUGGAGACCGCGUUGCUUUUCACACCGCUGCAUACGAAAGGCGUUGCGCCGCUGGCUGCCAAACGAAAUGUCGACUUCUUGAAGAAGUACAUGGGUAUUGACAUAAAGAAGCGCGUGGAUCAUGGAGAGCUGGUUUUGAACGAAUCUGACAUCCACAGCGGUGACUUCCUUGGCGUCAUCCGCAUGGAUGGCUUAGAUCCAAUGCUGGCUUUCGGCAUGGGUUCCCACACUGGACACACUGCUGUAGCCCUUUGGGAGGAGGGGCAACUCUACGUGGCGGAGAGCACCGUCAACAGCUCUUACUGGCCAACGAAUGGCAUCCAGCGUACACCUUUUCGUGAGUGGAUUGCCCAGGCCCGCGCUGCUAGUUAUUCAGUGGUGCACGCCCCGCUGAAGCAGCAGUACCGUGAGAGUUUUGAUGAGCGUGGUGCGAACGCCUUCUUCCAUCAAUAUAAAGGCCUGGAAUAUGGGUAUCAUGCCUUGUUUACUGGCUGGAUCGACACUCUGCAUGACAACUACCCGUGCAUGCCACCGUUCGACCGCCCUGAAAAAGACAGACCUUGUCUGGUCUGGGAGAUCUUCGAGGUUGGCGUGCCCAUUGUGACCCGAUACAUCCCGCGGCUUGAAAAGCCGUUUUUGCUUUCUUGGAAUCAGCAUGUGACAGGAUCUUCCUUCAGCAAUCUUUCAGGAACUGCACUCUACAGACAAGCUUUGUCGAAAGGAAUGGAGUUGGCUUCAAUUCCAGCAGUGCCAGAGCCAGAUGGUGUGCUGUACCCCUCCUCGUUCAACAACGGUACUGAUGCUCCAUCUAUUUCGAUGGUGUGUGAUGUUUUCGUUUGUGCCAUUUGGAAAGCAGCUGGGCUCUUCAAGGAGAUUGACAAUGACUUCAGUUGCACUGAGCAGACCAACGUGGAUGUCUAUGCGUUAAACAUCCUGGAAGCCCCAAAGAGUCGGAAGGCCUCCUGCGUUGCUGCAGAUCCCAACAACACGCUUUGCCAACUGAUGGGUGAUUAUGAGCUCCAUUUGCCGAAGCUUGGCCAACGACCUAUGUACAGACACAUGCAAGAGAGGUGCCCAACGGAACCACCACUCUAUGCUCGCCCAUCUGAUUGCUAG